CCCGCCCAAAAAAAAAAAAAAGAUAAGAGAAGUGAACAACCAUAAUAAGUCAUCAUGUCCUUGUAGUUGUCGAAUUAGGACAGCAGCAGAAGAAGGGGUAAAAAGGUCAACAAGGGAAAUGGCGAGAUUUUCACUUGGAAGAGAAGAAGAUGAAGGACCCAGUAGCCCAUCAAGAAGACGACCCCUUCCCAAGAAACGAAGAACUUUAAACGGAACUUUCUCCUGUUGUAGUAACAACAACGCCGUUAAUAAUGAACAACAACAAGAACGCCGAUUUGAAACAAUUAUCGAAGAAGAAGAAGAAGAGGAAUUGGAUUCGGAUUCUGUGACGUCAUCAGAGGAGGAACCGGAUCAUGAUGAUUUCGGGUCGGGUUCUGCUGUAUUAACGGAGGAUCCGGUUGGUGAGGGUUUAAGAGGAAACGGGUCGGUUUCCGUGAUUUUGUCGGAUCCGGAUGUGUUGGAUUGCCCUAUUUGUCUUGAGUCUCUUUGCAUUCCUGUCUUUCAGUGUGAGAAUGGGCACAUAGCAUGUGCCUCUUGCUGCAUCAAGAUUGCUAAUAAGUGUCCAUCAUGUUGUUGGCCAAUUGGAUACAACCGUUGUCGGGCUAUUGAGAAGGUUUUAGAAUCCGUGAAAGUCUCAUGCACGAACAAGAGGUACGGUUGCAAGGAGAUUCUGACUUAUAGUAAAAAAACCGACCACGAAAAUACGUGCAUCUACGUGCCUUGUUCGUGUCCUUUCCGUGGCUGUGACUUUGUGGGUAGUUCAGCAAAAGUAUAUGCACAUUUUAGCGACAAACACGGUUCUUCAGCCGAGCGCAUUUUUUUCAACGCUGUCAAUCCCAUUUAUAUAGAAAAAAAUCAACGUUACCAAAUCCUUCAAAUGAGGACAGAAGGUAUAAUUUUUAUCGUCAACCAUUCUAGUGAUCGUCUUGGAAGUGCUGUCAACAUGAUCUGUGUAGGACCCGCUUCGCAGAAGAGAAGGUUCCUGUAUGAGCUUGUAGCAACAGAUGGGGAGAGCUCUUUUAAACUAGAAUCCGUUGCAGAGAGCAUCCCGAACUGGUCAGAAAAUUGUGCUUUGAAAAAAUUCCUUUUCGUCCCGAAAGAGGUUGUUAAUUCAAGCGCUCGGCUGAAGUUGGAUGUUUUCAUAGAAGAGCGCGAAUGUCUGCAGUGAUAGAACUACUUAAAAGUAGUUGCAGAUGUUGAUGUAUCAUAUUUGGAUGAUGUAAUAAUCCUUUUUUAUGAUGUCUUGGCCGGUUGAUGAUGUAACAUUGCCUUGUAACUUCUCCAGAUUAUGUUAAGAGAUUGUUAUGCUA